CACAUAAUAUAGUGUACUACUAUUAUUACUACUACAUUGUGACAUAAAUACUUCAUUUUUAUUAAAAUUAAUUUUUUACUGAUAUUUCUUUCAACGGUCACUAAAAUGAAAUUAAUAUUUUCAUUGAUUCAUUUUCAUCUCCCUGCUCUGGCCUGUCGUGGUGUUUCUGAGUAUUUCUGACACCUGAAUGCACACAUGUAUCAGAAAGCUCCAGCAUUAGUCCAGAUGUUCUGCAGAAAGCUCCAGCAUCAGUCCUGAUGUUCUGCAGAAAGCUCCAGCAUCAGUCCUGAUGUUCUGCAGGUCAUGAAGACGUCUGUACUUCAACCAUCUGAAGGUGCAUCUGGACCAUGGAAAAUGACAGGGCCCAGUUUCCAUUUCCCUACCAACCCUAUAACAUCCAGGAGCAAUUCAUGCGAGCCCUCUACAGUGCUCUGGACCAAGGCAAAGUUGGCAUCUUUGAAAGCCCAACUGGAACGGGCAAGUCACUGAGUCUCAUCUGUGGAGCCCUGAGCUGGCUGACAGAUUAUGAGGAGAAGAAGAAGCAGGAGGCAGCUGCUCUGCUGCAGGAAGGAGAAGCAGCUCUCUCCACCUCGGUUGCUCCAUCCUCCAACACCAGCUCCUCGGCAGAGCCGGACUGGAUCACCGACUUUGUCCAGAAAAAGGCUGAACGUGAAUUAGUGUCAAAGCUGAAGGAGGAGGAGUUAAAAAGGAAGAAGAGGGAAGAACGUUUAGAGAUGAUCAGAAACAACGCUCACCUAAAGUAUGCAAGUAAAAGAAAGAGUUCAGAGGAAGAUGAAACGAUAAAGUUCCUUCAGCUAAGCAAAGAGGAACGGACUGAAACUGCAGGGGAUCAGGAGGACGAAGAGCUUAUUGUUGCAGAGUAUGAAAGUGAUGACGAAUCAAAAAGUAAAAACAGGUUCCUCCAAGGCGAGGAUGAGGAGGACGAUGAGCUGGUUGAAGAGCACGUGACGAAGAUUUAUUACUGCAGUCGCACUCACUCCCAGCUGGCCCAGUUUGUCCGCGAGGUUCAGAAGAGUCCCUUCAGUAAGAGCAUCAGUGUGGUCACACUGGGCUCUCGCCAGAAUCUGUGCAUCAAUGAGGAGGUGCGACAGCUGGGCAGCGUGCAGCGCAUCAACGACCGCUGCCUGGAGAUGCAGAAAAACAAGCACCAGAAGCAGGAUCACGAAGACGGUGCGAAACGUAAGAGGGGUCCUGCGAAGAGCGUGUGUCCUUACAACAAAGCUUCUGCUCUGCAGCAGAUGAGGGAUGAGAUUCUGGGGUGUGUUCACGAUGUGGAGCAUUUGUUGAAACUGGGCAAAGAGACGCAUUCAUGCCCUUAUUACGCUGCACGUCUUACUGUUCCACCUGCACAGUUGGUUGUGUUGCCCUAUCAGAUGGUGCUUCAUGAAGCUACAAGAAGAGCAGCAGGGGUCCAGCUGAAGGGGCAGGUGGUGAUCAUAGACGAAGCUCACAAUCUGAGCGACACUCUCUCCUGCAUACACAGCGCAGAGCUCACUGGAGCACAGCUUUGCCGCGCCCACUGCCAGCUCAGGCAGUACGCCGAUCGCUACAAGAGCAGACUAAAGGCAAAAAACGUGAUGUACAUCAAGCAGAUUCUGUUCGUUGUUGAGGGGCUGGUGCGUGUGCUAGGAGGGAAAGUUGGGCAGAAUCCACAGAGCCAGACUACACAAGCAGGGACAGAGAUGCACUCCAUCAAUAACUUCCUAUUCAGGGCUCAGAUCGACAACAUAAACUUGUUUAAGUUACAAAAAUACUUUGAGAAGAGCAUGAUCAGCAGGAAGCUGGGUGGAUUUAUGGAGAAGUACGCAGGCUCAGGUGUUACUCUGCACACCAGCAGCUCCAACAAGGAGAACCGUCGCACAGAAGGAUUAAAUCGUUACCUCCAGACCCUACAGAGCAGCCAGAGCUCCGCACCAGUUUCCUCAAUUGACCAGCAGGGGGCAGCAGAAGCAGACAAAGUGCUGGCUGUGUCUCCGAUGAUGCAAGUGGAGGGUUUCUUCAUGGCCCUCACUAACAGUAAUACUGACGGCAGGGUGGUGGUGCGCAAACAAGACGUUUUGUCAGAGAGCAGCGUCAAGUUCCUCCUGUUGAACCCAGCAGUCCACUUUGCUCAGGUGCUGAAGGAGUGCAGAGCUGUCAUCAUCGCUGGAGGCACCAUGCAGCCCGUUUCAGACUUCAAACAGGAGCUUUUGUUUUCUGCUGGUGUGGAAGAGGAGCGGAUCGUUGAGUUUUCCUGCGGCCACGUGAUUCCUCCGGAGAACAUCUUGCCUCUCGUCUUGUGCGCCGGCCCGUCUGGUCAGGAGCUGGAUUUUACUUUUCAGAGCAGAGACUCUCCUCGAAUGAUGGAUGAAACUGGUCGCAUCCUUUCCAACAUUUGCAACGUUGUUCCCGGCGGGGUGGUCUGUUUCUUCCCCUCCUACGAGUAUUCAAGGCGAAUCAUUUCUCACUGGGAAGCUGGUGGCGUCUUCGCCCGACUGGCCAAUAAGAAAAAGAUCUUCCAGGAGCCAAAGAAAGCCAGCCAGGUGGAGCAGGUGCUAAACGAGUUUUCUCGUUGUAUCCAGAAGUGUGCUGUGGACAGCAGCGGACUCACAGGAGCGUUGCUGAUCUCUGUGGUUGGAGGGAAGAUGAGCGAGGGCAUCAACUUCUCUGACGACUUGGGCAGGUGUGUGGUGAUGGUAGGAAUGCCUUAUCCAAACAUCAAAUCAGCAGAACUGCAGGAAAAAAUGUCCUACCUGGACAAACACCUGCCUCGCAGCCAAGGCAGAAGCCCAGGACAGGCACUAAUAGAAAACCUUUGCAUGAAGGCCGUCAAUCAGUCUAUAGGAAGAGCCAUCCGACACCGUGGCGACUACUCCUCCAUCAUCCUGUGCGACAGGCGCUACUCUCGGCCUGCGACGCUGUCCAAACUGCCCACCUGGAUCAAGGAUCGCACAAACACACACGCCACCUUCGGCCCCGCUUUUGCUGCCUUACGAAAGUUCUUCCUGGAAAAGAAGCAGAAGCAACUGUAGUUUCUUUUCCCCCCCGAGGAGAAAAUGAGUCAAUGUUCAGUUUACUGAAUUUAAGUUCUAUUAAUAUAAAAACUUUGAAAAAUGAUGUUAUCUACAGUGUAAGAUACAAUACUGAACAAAUGAGGUGUUUUUUAUGUUUCAUACUUUUUACUUCUUUUUCUUUAAAUUACAUGUUCAGAGAGUAAAACUAAAGAAUACAAACUAAUAAUCUCAUGCCACUGCACCGGCAAAGGUUUUAAAGGACAUUUAAUAGUUGUACUCAACUUUUAUUCAGUCUAUUAGUAAAUUUAAAAAUGAGAUUUUGUAGUUGUUGGAUAUUUGUUCAGCAUUCUGUUUGAUUAUAAGUUUUAUAUACGUAAAGAAUAUAUUCAUCACUAAUUGUUCAUCUUGAUGAAUGUUUUGUAUUUAAGGUUUGUUAUUAAAUUUUAUGAUAAUGCCAAUAAAUUAUUUUAACAUA